UCCUGUCAAUUUAAUUAUUAGACCAACCAAAGACCUUAAAGGGAAGAAGGAAAAAGUUUUCCUCCCCUACACUGGUCUGGGUGUUUGUGUGCAGCCCACUGGGAUUGGGGGUAGUUUCUUUCUUAGAGCUUUCCACACAGGACCCUAAGGCCUCCCAUCCAUUUCUGUCCACUCUCCUGAGCUCUUCCACAGUGGCCCUGGCCCUGAGCAGGUGACUGUGGGUGGAUUCCUGCUGUUUGGGGCGCUGUGUUUUCCCGUCUCCUCAGAGCCUGUGCAUUUUCCCUGAUCAUCCCUCCCUUCCCCUCCAGCCUCCAGCGUCAUUGUCUCCAGACUGGAUGAGUUUUGUGACCCAUCAGAAGUUCUCAUCUUCAUGCUACUUCCCCAGCAAGUUAAUGGAAUGAACACAUGUAGAUUCUGAGGUUGCCUCGGUUUAAAAUCUUUUUUAUUUUGAUUAUUAGCUUGUUAAACAUUUAGGGAGGAAGGAAACUGAGUGUUCAGCAGCCUCUUAGGGGGAGGUUUCCUUCUUCCUUGGAUUAUUUUUUGUUCUGAGGUGGCUGGAGGGAAAGGAGAGGGAAGGUCACGGCCUGUGUCACGGAGCAGAAGCAGUUAUCCAAACAAACAAACAGUGUGGCUUAUGUGACAUGAGGGUGUAAUGAAUGCUUGCAGUGUAUUGCAGUAGUAUGGAUAUGUGUUCGAGGUAAACAAACAUAGCUUUAUUUUUAUGCAAAUUAACACGUACCUGUACGCUGAAAGCCUAUAGGAAAGAGGAGGCAGUAAUCCUAAAACUUAUGUUCUUAAGAGUUUAUGAGAAGCUUCACCCAGGAAGCCAGGCCUGGGGCCUCUCAGCUGGGUCCUGAGGACAGCCAUCCCCAGAGCUGGGCAGUGAGGAGGGGGCUGGCUCUGGAGGCCACCCCAGGGAGACUGAGCCCUCGCCCUGCGAGCAUCCCAAUUGGUUUCAGGACCUAAUUCUCGCAACAGGAAGCUGGAGGCCUUUCUGGCCCCAUUCUGAGGGGAUACAGUGAGCCUGGUCCGGGAAACUUAUUUAUUUGAACCAGUUAUAGGAGACUUCAACGGAGGGAAGGGAUGGAGGGAUAGUGGGGGCAGAGCUGGAGAGGGCGGUGGUCCUUGAGCAGCCCACCUGCUGGCAGGCAUCGGAAGACCUGGGCCGCCUUAUCUGGGCCUGCCCCUGAGAACAAGGCUUGUCCCCUUCGGCAGGAGGCUGGUGUGAACGAGCCCAUCUGGCUCUGAGUGAAGGGACCUUAUGUAGCUCCUGAUAAAUAAACAGCACUGUGUCAGUUUUUCCCCUUCCUCUUUAAAAAAAAAAAAACAGCCCCGCCACCAAAAAACAACAACUUUUAAAUUUCCCAAUUUAAUUAACGUUUUAAAUGGUGACCCUGUAAGAAUUGGCCUAGCUGUGGGCAGUGGGGUUGAUGGAGCUUCCGUGGGUUAAAAUUUCCAUUCUGGCCUCUUUCUCUGGAGGUGACCCAAGGUCUGUGAAACCUGGCCAGGCUCCUUCCCUGGGAUUAUUAGGCUUGGAACUGGUCCUUCUGGCCCAAAUUUGACUUCAGCCUGAUCCCUAAGAAGGCUGACCAGCAAUGCAGAUUGAGUUUUCUCUUUGGGGUGGUGGUGGUGGUGGGUUGUCAGCACGCUGGGGGCAUCUCAGAUGUUGAUCUAGGUCACAGGAGAGAAAAGGUGUCCUUCUGCCACCAGCCUGCACAGGUGAGCUUUUGACACUGCCAGGUGCCGCUCAGCCCACGGUGAAGGCCGUCCAGCUUGAGAGAGCCUGCCUAGGAGUGGGAGGCGGUGCUUGCACCCGCUCAAGCGCUGGGAGUGCCUGCCCUUACACCCACUCAUAAAUAGACAAGGGCUCUGGAGUCUGCAUUACCCACCCCCUUGGAACCUGCAAGAGGCCAAAGGUCAGACUGAAUCAGAGGAAAAUCCGGAGCCGGAUUUUGUAGGCGCACUGGUUCCUGAUUUCAGGUCUCAGGCUCCGGCUUGGCCAGGUUCCAGGGCUCCAGCUGUUCUCUGGGAAGGAAAAAAGAAUCUCUUUUUAAAUUAGGUCAGAAGAUGCCUUUCUUUCCUUCUGUCCUUGUCCCCCUGCUGUGCAGGGAUACAACCACCACCUGCACGUCCCUCGGUAAGAACUACAGAGCUUAAGGACUUCGCCUGGGAUCCGAGUGUCCCAGUGCAGCCGAGGAAACUUCGCCGGGCUCCGUGUUCCCUUCCUGUUUGCAUUGUGCUGGCUGAACCGCGGAGGCUGUCAGAGCAGGCCUGCCAGGGCUGCACCUUCCUCCUUCUCCCUGGCCACAACCUGCCUGUCACAGUUGAGCACCUGUUUUCCUGAAGGUGAUUUCCAGAAGCAGGAGUCCCCAGAGCUGGCCAGGGCAUGAACCGCGAGGGGGCCCCCGGGAAGAGUCCGGAGGAGAUGUACGUUCAGCAGAAGGUCCGAGUGCUGCUCAUGCUGAGGAAGAUGGGCUCCAACCUGACAGCCAGCGAGGAGGAGUUCCUGCGCACCUACGCGGGGGUGGUCAGCAGCCAGCUCAGCCAGCUGCCCCAGCACUCCAUCGACCAGGGUGCAGAGGAUGUGGUGAUGGCGUUUUCCAGGUCGGAGACGGAGGACCGGAGGCAGUAGCUGCAAACCCCUUGGAAUACCCUGGAGGCUGGCAAAGGCCAGGAGAUCUGUGUGGACCUCACCGGCUGAGUGGCAGAGGGUCACCUUCCCUACCCCGAUCCCCCCACCCCACCCCUUCCCGUCCCGCCCCACGGCCACUCAGAAUCCUCCAGGGAGACACCAGUGGUGCAGUUACGAUUGGCUUAAAGGGACGGACUCAUGAUUGGCUGCGGGAAGAAACCUUUUUAUUUUUAAAUCUCGACCAACGCAAACCUUUUUAUUUCUGACUCUUAUUU